GCUUUCCCUAGUCGCUCUCACCGCUCUCUCUCUCGUACUCACUCCCCCUCCUCUCUCCCACCCAACCCGCUCCUUUCGAAGAUGUCCGCUGCCGCGCCCGCUGCCGUGCCCGCCGCCGUUGCUGCCGCUACCUCGCCGCAGAAGUCGCCUCGCGCGUCGCCGAAGAAGGCUGCCGUGAAGCGCGCUGGCGCGAAGAAGGCCGCUGCGAAGAAGGCCGCGCCGAAGAGGAAGGCGCCGGCGAAGAAGGCGGCGAAGAAGGCUGGCCACAAGAAGCCGGCGAAGAAGGCUGCGAAGAAGGCCGUGAAGAAGGUGGCGAAGAAGUCCACGAAGAAGGUGGCGAAGAAGCCGGCGAAGAAGGCUGCCCACAAGAAGGCCGCGAAGAAGUGAAGUUCUCUCUUCUCCCCCCUCCCGCCGCAUCACCGAUGCUGACUGCGUGUCGUUGCGCGGUGCGUGCGUGCGAGGGUGUGCGUGUGCGCCCGUGCGGUGGAGACGUGAGCGUUCUUCAUUGACUCUCACGCUCCUCGUUUUUUAUAUCUUACUCGUGCUGCAUUUCGCACUCCCUCCGCGCUGCCUCCCGCGCAGCCUCACGCACAACCACCCAUAGAUACCCUCUUUUAUGUAUUUCCUUCUAUUUAUCUUCCCUUUUCUCUUCUCUACGAGAUCGUUUCGACAAUGGCAC